AGCCUGCCUUGCCCCUUAGCCCUCAGCCUGAGCCCAGCCCCUUCCCACUUCAGCCCCAGAGGAUCUCCAUUUUCUUCCAGCACUGUCAAGGAGCCCCAGCCUAAAGUAUCUACAAAAAUGAAUGACGAAUACGACGUGAUCGUUCUCGGUACCGGACUGACGGAAUGCAUCUUAUCUGGCAUCAUGUCGGUGAAGGGAAAGAAGGUGCUGCACAUGGACCGCAACUCUUACUACGGAGCCGAGAGCGCCUCCAUCACACCUUUGGAUGAUCUCUACGCACGAUUCAACCUUCCCGGCAAACCACCCGAGUCUAUGGGAAAAGGUCGUGAUUGGAAUGUGGAUCUUGUUCCUAAAUUCCUGAUGGCCAAUGGUCAACUUGUUCGCAUGCUGCUGAUCACCCAGGUGACCCGCUACCUUGAUUUCAAAGUAAUCGAGGGCAGCUAUGUUUACAAGGGCGGCAAAAUCUACAAAGUCCCUUCCACGGAGGCUGAAGCUCUGACGUCCAGUCUAAUGGGGAUUUUUGAGAAACGUCGCUUCAAGAAAUUCCUGGUCUUUAUCGCCAACUUUGACGAAAACGACCCCAAAAGCAUGGAGGGUGUUGACCCCCACAAGACCACCAUGAGGUGUAUUUUUGAGAAGUUCAGCUUGGGGAAAGACGUCAUCGACUUCACUGGCCACUCCCUCGCUCUCUACCGCACAGAUGAAUACCUGGAUCUGCCCUGCCUUGAAACAAUAAACAGGAUAAAGCUUUACAGCGAGUCCUUGGCCAGAUAUGGCAAAAGCCCCUACCUCUACCCCCUUUAUGGACUGGGAGAACUGCCGCAAGGCUUUGCCAGGCUGAGCGCCAUCUACGGUGGGACGUAUAUGUUGAACAAACCCAUUGAGGAGAUUGUGAUGGAGAAUGGAAAAGUGGUCGGGGUUAAGUCUGAAGGAGAGAUCGCCAGGUGCAAGCAGCUGAUUUGCGACCCCAGCUACUUUAUGUCUGCGACCGAAAAGGUGGGCAAGGUGAUCCGGGCCAUCUGCAUCUUGAGUCACCCCAUCAGCAACACAAGCGACGUCAACUCUUGCCAGAUUAUCAUCCCGCAGAACCAAGUCAACAGGAAGCACGAUAUCUAUGUUUGUAUGAUCUCCUUUGCUCACAACGUGGCGGCGCAAGGCAAAUACAUCGCCAUCGCGAGCACCACGGUGGAAACCAACGACCCGGAGAGGGAGAUCAAGCCCGCUCUGGAUCUACUGGAACCCAUUGAGCAAAAGUUUAUCAGCAUCAGCGACCAGUACGCUCCUAAAGACAAAGGAGUUGAAAGCCAGAUCUUCAUCUCGCGUUCAUACGACGCCACCACCCACUUUGAGACAACCUGCGACGACAUCAAGGAUAUUUACCGGAGGAUGACAGGCUCGGACUUUGAUUUUGCCGAGAUGGAGCGCUCGAAGAAGGAUAUCUACGGCGACGCCGCUGAGUAGAAUCUGCAAAGACGAACGCUGCCCAUAACGGAAAUCUCAUAUAGGAAGAACCUACGCAAAAUAAAAUUAAGAAUAUGUACACGUCCCAAGAAUAUGCGGUGGCCCAGUGAAAAAAAAGUUGAUCAUCUAGCGUAGUAUUGCUGGAUUGAGUUCAGGGAGGGGUGUAAUGGUUGUUUUUGGUUUUCCUCAAAUCACUCUCAGACGGCUGAUGCACUUAACAGUGGUUAGGAAUAUAAUAUUAAUACUUUAGUUUGAUUUAAAAAAUAUAUAUAAGUCCAAAGAUGCCAAAUUAAGAUGGAGUACAUCCAGUUGUGUGUGCGUGUUUAUAGGCAUGGGGAUUGACUUGUUUUUUCUUAAAUUGUGUUUUGAAAGUGUUUCAGGUAUUUGGUCACUUCAGGUUGCUUUGGUCGUUAUAAGUAAAUGGACGUGUCAACGUUGUCUUUAGGGGUUGAUUACGUAUAUUCCCCACUGCAGGCCACACACAACCUGGAAAUUUUCUCGGUGUCUCGCGAGAUGUGAUAAUGUUCCUGUUUUGUCUAAAAUUAGGCAAGAACCGCUUAAGAAGGACCAAAUGUGUACUGUGGCAGUAUUUGAAUUGAAGAGCUCUGUGAUAUGUUUGUAAAGAGCAACUUGGGCUCCAGUCAUUUCUGUACUGCGAAGUAAAAAGUUUGUCAAAGAAAA